UUCAGCGCCUCCAUCCCUAACCACUUCAAAGAUCGAUGUUUUCUCUUUGUUAUAAAAAGAAGUUUCGUCUGCUUAUCAUAUGGAUCAAUCUUGAAUUCUUCUCCUCACUUCAUUUAUUAUCCUCUAAAUAAGAUGUCUUUGUAGUUGUGGUCUCUAAUUUAGUAGAAUGUGCUCAUUACUUCAUGAUCUUGUAUCAAGGAACGAAGCUUAAUUUUUAGGUACUAGGUAACAAUAUCCUUCAAGGCAUAAACAAGAGAAAUCAUCUAGGUGUAUGGCAGAAAUUGUACUUGCUACUUCAUGGUUCUCAACUCAUUUAUUAACGACCAGGGUGUUACGUCACAUUUCUUUUUUUAACACUAUCGAGCCACCCCAGAAUAUCCGAAAAAGCUGCUCUGUUGCUGCUGUAGCUGUUGAGCCAGUAAAAGUAUUAAAGAAUGGAUCUUCUUGCUUCGGAUGGAAAAGGGUUCGAGGUCUACCUUGUCGGGGGUUGUGUUAGCGAUCUUAUACUGGACAGAACUCCAAAAGAAUUUUAUAUAUUAACAUCAGCUGAACUUAAAGAGAUAAGACAGGAAUUUGAAGGGAAGAAAGCAGUCAAUUUGGUCUUCUCAAGAAACAUCUUUUCCAGUAAUCAAGUUUCGAGCUUUACCGCGACUGGGAGUAAGUUUGAGCGGAAUGUCUAUAAUGUUGUUCGAAGACCUGCAUGCAGUGAAGCCGAUUUCAUUCACUGGAAAAAUAGAGUAGCUUUUUUUUUCUUUCUUUUGGAACUAUAUUUUAAUUUCAUCAACAUUAAAAUAGUUUUAAUAUGUUGUUACCCCAAGCUGAUAGCUUAAUCACCAGAUUGCAUUACAUACCUAAAAGGCUAAAACAUAAGGGUGUGGAGUCAAACCUGCCCCCCCCCCCC